AUGUCAUUACUUGCCGAUCUCCCAACCACUCAGCCGGACGAGGCCUUUGCUCUCGUAGCCGACUUCAAAGCGGACACGAAUGAGCAAAAAGUUGACUUAUGUCCAGGGUUCUAUCGUGAUGAUAAAGCGAAGCCAUGGGUUCUUCCAUCUGUCGCCCAGGGUAAAGAGCGCAUACAUGGGGAUUCAAGUCUCGAUCAUGAGCAUCUCCCUCUUGCCGGUCAUCCAGGGUUACUCCUUGGCUCGCAAAAGCUUCUGUUUGGCACAACACGAGACCUAAAGCGUGUGUCGUCGAUUCAGACAGUCUCAGGUACAGGCGCGAACCAUAUCGCUGCUCAGUUUCUCGUAACGAAACUCAAGUCUAAAACAGUCUGGAUCUCCAACCCAAGUUGGAUCAACCACACGGAAUAUGGAAACUUGCCGGUUCGGACAUUCAACAGCGAUUUUACCCGUACUAUGAUGCAGGUGGAUUUCGAGGCGAUGACAGAGACUUUGCGCAAAAAUGCGCGUGCUGGAGAUGUCAUCAUCCUACACGCAUGCGCUCAUAAUCCCACAGGUGCAGAUCUUACAAGUGAGCAAUGGAAAACCGUCGCAGAGAUCUGUAAGAAGUCGAGUUUAUUCCCGGUCUUUGAUAUCGCCUAUCAAGGCUUUGCAUCUGGCGAUCUCGAUCAAGACGCUUCCGCAAUAAAUCAUUUCUAUGACAGAUCAGACCUAGAGUUCGCAGUGGCGCAGUCCUUCUCGAAGAACUUUGGACUGUACGGGGAGCGUAUCGGGGUCCUUCAUGUCGUCGCACUCGAUAUGGAGACUGCCGCGAAGCUCACGCCGUUACUUACCCGACUAUCACGGGCUGAGAUUACGUCUUGCCCCUCCUACGGCGCAAGGAUAGUAGCCGAGAUCCUGAGUGGUCCGAAUCUUUACGAGCAAUGGCUGCGAGAUCUGGUGACAAUGAGCGAGCGUAUGAAAAGUAUGCGCAGAAGUUUGUAUCAGGGACUAAAACGCCGAGAAGUAAAAGGAUCAUGGGAGCACUUGCUUACCGAUAUCGGCAUGUUUUCCAUGACAGGACUCACCCGCGCACAAGUCGACAAGCUUAGAACGGACCAUCACGUCUACCUUCUUCCCUCUGGGAGGUUGUCUGUGACCGGAUUGACAAGUGGCAACGUAGAUUACGUUGCGGAGGCUCUUCUUACUGUGCUAGGCAAGAAUUAG